AUGUUAAGAGGCAGUGCGCGUCGUCCCCAACGCAUAAGGGGCGACGACGCUGCUUUUGCCUGGACCGACGAUGGCUCUUUCGCCGUCGGACUUGCGGCACUCUCGUACUCCUGCUCACGCGAUGAAUGUGGCUGGCCACUGUGGUCUUCCCACUUUGAUUCGUGCUCCGACCUCGAAAAAACAACGCCGGUGGUCACUGCAACAUGGC